GUCAAGUCAUGCCUACUGAAGUGGAAAGUGUUUGCUGCAGUUAUGAAUCACAAGACUGCAUAUCAGUUCUGCAGGAAAUGCAGGAAUGUGUUCUACCCAGAAGUGUUCUUCAAGUUGCACAUGCCUAUCGUAGUGCUGUAUUUGGUCUACCACAGGAAGCUGAUGAAAAUAAGCGCAACCGUCACACUGCAUACCGGCAGUUCACAUUGUGGAGGUAUGGCCGGCUUGGAAGUAGAGUACGAAGACCCAUCCCGAGCUGCUGUGUAUGGCGCAUCAGGGAUAAGUAUCCCGACCCUCAGGGCUCCUACACUGGAUUUCGUCCAUCAAGUUUCGAUGAUUGAGAAAUGUGGAUUCAAUUCAGCUUACUUAAUUGAUUGCUAUAUGUCAGUGAAAAGUUAACUUUAAAUGAUAACAUGCAUAUCUAUCAAAAUUUUUUUUUAUGCU